GGGGCAGAGCUUCGUAUCAGCAAGGAAUUUGAUUAUGACUGCCAUAGCAAGAGAAACCUUGUGGACAACUGCUGUUUAAUUAAAACAUAUUCUCACAAUAUGUGUGCACGGCAAUUGAUGUUACUGUCAAAGCUAGUAUAGGUUGCUAUUCAAUCUCUGUCGAAAUGAUACGGACACUAAACAGCGCGUCAUUGGCUGCUUUAUUUGCAACCGUGCCAAAGUCCACGACCUGCAGAACAGCUAGAAUACACAGUACGUAUGAUGUGGCUGUGGUGGGUGGAGGCAUCGUGGGCCUGGCUUCAGCCAGAGAGCUCAUCCUCAGACACCCCACGCUUAGCUUCAUUCUGCUGGAGAAGGAGAAGGACCUGGCCAUCCACCAAAGCGGCCACAACAGUGGUGUGAUCCACAGUGGGAUUUACUAUACCCCUGGGUCUCUGAAGGCCCGUCUCUGUGGCAAAGGGGCCACUAUGGCCUACGAAUACCUGGACAAGAAAGGACUCCCCUAUAAGAGGUGUGGAAAGCUGAUCGUCGCUGUGGAGCGAGAGGAGAUUCCCAGGCUCAAAGCGCUGUACGAGCGAGGACAGGAGAACAACGUGCGUGACCUCACCAUGAUAGACGCCAAGGGGAUCCGAGAGAGAGAGCCCUACUGCAGGGGUCUGCUGGCCCUGGACUCUCCCUACACUGGCAUCGUGGACUGGAGGCUGGUGUCACUGGCAUACGGAAAAGACUUCCAGGAGGCGGGAGGGACCGUGGUUACUGAAUAUGAGGCUAGUGACAUGGCCAUGGUGAAGGAAAGCCCCGCUGGUAACACUGACGGAAUGAAAUAUCCCAUCGCUAUCAGAGAUUCAAAGGGUAAGGAGGUAAGGUGUCGGUAUGUGCUGACCUGUGGUGGUCUCUACUCUGACCGCCUCGCUCAGAUCUCUGGCUGCAGUCCAGACCCUCGUAUUGUCCCCUUCAGAGGAGAUUACCUGGUCCUGAAGCCUGAGAAGCACUAUCUGGUCCGGGGAAACAUCUACCCUGUUCCUGACCCUAAGUUCCCCUUCCUGGGGGUCCACUUCACCCCGCGGAUGGACGGCAGUGUUUGGCUGGGUCCCAACGCCGUCCUGGCUUUUAAACGAGAGGGAUACAAGCUGUACGACUUCGAUGCCCGGGACUUUGGAGAUGCACUCUCAUUCAGAGGUCUGCAGAAGCUGGUGAUGAAUAACCUAGUGUAUGGUGUUGGAGAGAUGUACAGGGGGGUGUUCAUCGGAGCUCAGGUCAAGAUCUUAAAGAAGUUCAUCCCAGAGCUCUCUCUAAGCGACGUACUCAGGGGUCCAUCAGGGGUGAGGGCCCAGGCUCUGGACCGCGAUGGGAACCUAGUAGAUGACUUUGUGUUUGACGUUGGUGUCGGGGAUGUGGGCAGCAGGGUCCUCCAUGUACGCAACGCUCCCUCGCCCGCCGCCACCUCUUCCCUGGCCAUAGCAGAGAUGGUAGCAGACGAGGUGGAGAGACGUUUCAGCCUCUAAAAAAAAACUCGAGGCACUCUUCCGGAUUGCGUACCAAAUGGCAUCCUAUUCCCUACUUUUGAGUUCUGUGCACUACUUUUGACCAGAGCCCACGGGAAAUAGGGUGGCAUUUGGGACGUACCUAAACUUCCCCAGUGGGAAGGAAGUAACAUCAUUGAUCCAUCUGAUCCAGCUACAGGUCAUCUAGUGAUAUAGUGAAGCGGUGAUGAUGCUAGAUGCUGAUCUCGGGUCAGUUCUGCAUUUUACCCAAUGGGUUAGUUUGGAGUGGGCGAGUGUUCAAGCUGAUCCUGGAUCUGCGCCAAAGGGGGAAACUUCACCAGGAAAUGAUCCAUCCAAUUUGUUACUACUGCUCACUGGUCCAGCAUCAUCUAUCUGCGUCAGCAGAGUAAGGGUCCAAAAUUCCCGGGUUUUCCAGGAAUCCAGGUUGGAGGAUUCCAGGAUGAUCUGCUUAGUCCCUCCUAAUUGCAGGAAUAUUCCAACAGGGAUUCCAGGAUGAUCUGCUUAGUCCCUCCUAAUUGCAGGAAAAUUCCAACAGGGAUUCCAGGAUUAUCUGCUUAGUCCCUCCUAAUUGCAGGAAAAUUCCAACAGGGAUUCCAGGAUUAUCUGCUUAGUCCCUCCUAAUUGCAGGAAUAUUCCAACAAGGGAUUUCUGGAAACCUCGGGAGGUUUGUUAGUUACUGGAAUUUGCAACCCUACAGCAAAGUGGUCAGGCCAGAAUGGAGUACAGUGAGCAGCAUGUACUGAAUGGAGCAUGUAAAGUGCAUUUGGAAAAUAUUCAGACUCCUUGAUUUUUUUUUACCACAUUUUGUUAGGUUACAGCCUUAUUUCCCUCAAUCUACACACAAUACCUUAUAAUGAC